AUGUCCUCUUCCCCGAAGCCGACCUUUGUUCUCGUCCCCGGCGCAUGGCACAAUGCCUCCGUCUGGGACAAAGUCUCCGCGCAGCUCACGGAGCGGGGUUACAAAUGCGUGGCCAUUACUUUGCCAUCAACAACCGGUGAUGCUGCCGCAACGUUUCUCGAUGACGUGACGGCAGCGCGCACCGCUAUUGAAGCCGAGACGGCGUCCGGAAACGACGUCAUCGUGGUGGUGCAUUCGUACGGCGGCCUCGUCGGCGUCAGCGCCGUGCGCGGCUUCACACGCAAGCCGCACUCGGGCCCUGCGUCCCGCAACGCCACAGAACCCCACGGCAAUGUGAUUGGCGUUGCUCUGAUGGCUACCGGUUUUGCUAUUGAAGGAAUGAGCAUGCUCGACGGAAACAACGGCCAGCCUCCCCCUCAAUGGGUCAUCAACGAGGAGACGGGCUUUGCAGACAUUGUUGUCGACGCGCGCGACAUGAUGUAUCACGACUUACCCGAGGACGAGGGCCAGGAGUGGGUAUCGAAGCUGGAGAAGCAGUCGGUACAUGCGCUGCAAAAGGGCGGCGAGCACGUCUAUGCGGGCUGGCAAGAUGUCCCGUGCUGGUACUUGGUUACUGAACAGGACCACGCUCUCCCGCCUGCUAUGCAGGAGUACCUCGUCAAGAUGGUGGUUGGCCAGGGGGCUGAUGUCACGCAAAAGGGCGUCCAAGCAAGCCAUUCGCCCAUGCUUAGCCGGCCAGAUGAGACGGUUCAGUUUUUGAUGGAUGCCAUGGAGGAUAUGGUGAAGAAGGAUACGCCCGUAGCUGCCGCUACUAAUUAA